AUGGAUUCGAAACAAAAGUUUUAUCACCAUUUCCAGGACAGCGCGGCUGAGAUCCAGGAUCUCACCGAUCAACUUGACUGCGUUUCGCCUGUGGCGGGAGAGCGUCAAGAAGCCAUAGACCAUAUUCUCGCCAGCAUCAGUAAGCUUCAGCAUGAGGUUUCCGAUGCCUCGGAGUUCACGCCUUCUUAUGACCGAAAGCAAUACUCGGAUACCAUCAAGAACUUGCAGGAGAAGCUGAACGAGACUAUAGCCAGGAUGACGCCCAAGUCGCGCUUUCAGUUCAGGAGAUGUAGCGUGCAGGAACAUGUUGAUAUGGGAGCCCCAGAAAACGACCCUAGGCUAUAUCCGGGGAGUCAUUCAAGAAACAUACAAAGCCACAAUGGCGACUUUAAUCGAGAAGCAACCGAGAGGGAUAGCAGAGUUCGCCAGCUUCCACCUACAGAGAAUCCAGAGUACGACAAUGAGCUCCCCAAGCCAAGUGCACAGUCUUUCCUGCAGCCCGGCUUUUCCGCCACGAAGAACGUUGGUAUUUCUAACCAGUCCGACCUUCACAUAAUUCUCCCAUCGUCAGCGGCUAGGGCUACGACGUCCGGCAGCUUAACCGAUAUCAAAUGCUGCAUUGUUGAUAUGUCGCUUCCCACAGUCGAGGGCCGACCUUGGCCUGGUCUGACACUGAGGAAUAUUUCUCAUAGUCUCGUUAUAGCUGGUCUUGUCGAUGGUCCUGUUCACAUCACCGGGGUAUCAAACAGUAUCAUCGUGGUGAUUGCAAGACAAGUGCGCAUUCAUGAGUGUGCGGAUGUAGAUCUCUACCUGCACUGCACCAGCCAUCCCAUCAUAGAGGAUUGCACGAGUAUGCGCUUUGCCCCAUUGCCCAAGUCAUAUGCCAUCAAAGAUGUUUCAGGUAAGGAGAAUCAGUGGGAUAAGGUGGACGAUUUUAAAUGGCUCAAGGCUGGCCAAAGUCCCAACUGGAGAGCCUUGUCUGACGCUGAAACAUUGGAUGACACGGUCUGGACAAAAGUUGUGCCAGGGCAACCGGGUAAGAGCGUGGAAGAGACUUUGAAGGAGGUCGGUGUCUCUCGUCAGUGA